CCUUCCUGUAGUCCUCUUUGUAUCGGUGGACAUUCUUUUCCUGUAGUCUAUUUGUAUCGGAGAUUAUUCCUUCCCGUAGUCUCUAUUGUAUCAGGUGGACAUUCUAUUCAUGUAUGUGCUAUCUGUAUCGUAGCGUUUGACAUUCUUUCCUGUAAGUCUCUCUUGUAUCGGUGUACAUUCUUUCCUGUAGUCUCUUUGUGAGCGGGUGACAUUCUUUUCUGUUGUCUCUUUGUAUCGAGUGACAUUUUUUCUGUAGUCGCUUUGUAUCGGUGACACUUUUCCUGUAGUCUCUUUGUAUCGGUGACAUUCUUUCCUGUAGUUCUUUGUUUCGGUGACAUUUUUCCUGUAGCUCUCUUUGUAUCGGUGACAUUCUUCCUGUCCUGUAGUCUUUGUAUUUGGUAUAACUGUCGUGGUAUUUGCAUUGUUGUAUUACUACUUUGCUUAUUUUCUGUGUAU